AAUAUAAAUGUAACCACAAAUCUGCGAUUUUUUUAAUUAAGGAUUUUCUAAUGCUUGAAACCAAGCCAGGAGGCUGAAAGUCCAAGUUAAAAUAGCACAUAUAAUUAUUAUGUUUUGAAAAAAUUGAAAAUAUUAUUUUACUUACCUACCUGAUUAUCCUUCCUACCAUUGCUUUUAGUUGACUGGUAGUUUUGAAACUCUCAAUACCCUUACCAUGAACUUCCCCACACAUCUAAUGGUCUCAGUCAUGGAGAAUCCCAAACUAACAUUCCCAGAAGCCCAGGAAGAGGAUGAUGACCAAAAUUCACGCACUUCCACAGAAAUCUGUACUCAUCUUCAUGCCGAGACUGAAUCUCUUCACCUAUCUAAGUCGUUGGCCAAGGAAGAAAGUCUGACUCUUCUCCAGAAUGAAAGAAAUGUGGCAGUCACUCGCUAUUCAAAUUCAAUCAAACUCAUUGCUGAACUUUCCAGCGAAAGGGGUUCUCUCCAGAAGAGAAUUCAAGAGUUCGAAGCUUCCACAAGAGAGAAGGAAGCUGAUUUUGCAAUAAGAAUGGAAGAAGAAGUGAGUGAAAGAAAAAAACUUGAAAAGGAAGUUGAAAUUUUCAGGGAGAGAAUUGAAGACAUGGAAAUGAAGAGAGAGCAAAGCAAUGAGAUUUUGUCUAAAUGCUUGGAGUCUCUUCCAUCAGCAAAUGUGAGCUUGGAAAGGAUCAUAAAAAAUGUGGCUGUAGAAAAAACUGAUGAUGAUGAUGAUGAUGGCAAGUUCAUUAAAGGCAUAGAAAAGAGUGAUUCAAUGCGUUUGGAAUGGGAAUUGACUGAAGAGCUAUUGGUAGUUACAAGACUUGCUUCUGAGGCUGAAGAGAAGGUGAAUGAGUACAAAGAAUUGAGGAAGAAGGAGAAGAGGGAGUUGGAGAAUAGUGUGGUGAGUUUGACAGAGGAGAAUAGAGAUAUCAACAGUUUGCUGAGAGCAGCCUUGUUGGAGAAGGAAGCUGUGGAGAAGAGGUUGAAGGUGAAUAGCGAGCAGAAGAGAGUUGCCCUUUUGCAGAUUGCGGAGCGAGGUUUGCAGAGAGUUGGUUUUGGGUUUAUGAUGGGAAGUGGUAACACUGAGCAAUCACUAGAGAGUUUUUCAGGAACCAAGUCAGAUAGCAGUGAGUGUGAAGAGGAGGUAGUAAGCCUGGCAUCAACUGUGGAGAGGAUAAUGAAGAAUUUACGGCUUGAGAUAACUAAGUUGAGGCGUUCUUUGGAAGAAUCCAGGUCAGACACCGAGCGAUUGCAGAGUCUUACAGAGAAACAAGCUCAAACUAUUGAAGAAAACAAGUUAUACAUCAAGGAGUUAGAGGAAAGAGAGAGGGUGUUGACUCAAAAUGUUGAGGAAUUCCUGUUGGAAAUUAAGGAAACAGAAGCAGAGGUAGCUAGAUGGAGAGAAGCUUGUGAAUUAGAAGUUGAAGCUGGGAAAGCUGAGAUUCAAGAACGCGACAAAGUGGUAAAAUUUCAUUCCUUUCAGUUUGAUGCUUUCUUUCCAGAUUGGCAUUCUGAAACAAGAAUUAGAAAAAACAAAGGGUGCUUUGGACAUAUCAAGUGGCAAACUAAAGCUGAAAGAAGAACUUGCUGCUGCAGCCAUGGCUGCACAGGCUGCAGCAGAGAAGUCCUUACAGCUAGCUGACAGCAGGGCUGCAGGGUUCCGUGAGAGGAUAGAGGACUUAUCCAGGCAAUUAGAAGAAGCAGAAACUCGAGAGCGACAUAAUCGUAGGGUGAGACAUAUAUGUUGGCCAUGGCGAGUCCUCAAAACCAAUGCAACUAACAAUGUAAAUAAUAGAGUGCGAGAUGUUCGACGCAUGAUACCAGAAAUGCAAGCAUUUCUUCAUUAAAAUGUUAAAUUCAUAUUGAAUUUAUUUCAUAUCGAGAUCUUCAUAUGUUUAGCUACCUUCUCUUCUUUUAUUUAUUUGUUCAUUAUUCAUUUUUA